AUGGACUACGACUUCGGCAACGAGAUCCGUUGGGAUCUCGGCGAGGAGAAGCCUUACGAAUACUGGGCAGAGCUGAUAGGAGAAGAGGACUCCGAGGACGACAACGGAGCCUCCGUUGUACCAGCUGAAGAUGCCUCCAUCCGCAAGCAAAUUACCGAAGUCCAAGACUUGCUUCACCACGACCCGGAUACUAAAUCCCACAUCACUGUGCCAAGUGACGACGAGGAUGGCGAGCCUGUCGUCGAUGAAGAGAAAGAGAUCUUUCAGGACACAGAAUUUGCUGUCCUGGCACUUGGAGAAGAUCCGGCGCACCAUGAGAUCGAGAGCGUCAGAGAACCUGCAGACGACGAGUAUGAAGAAGACGAGGACAAGAACGGCAUCGUCGUCAUCAAGAAGCGCAGUGACCUCGGAGCCCAAGCAGAUGUCGAAGAAAAGCUGCCAGUCCUCAACGAUAAGGUGGCCCGCAACUACAGAAUGAGCAUCAACACCAUAAUGCUGAGAUAUGAUGCCAAUGUGAAGCACACAUCUCGCGACAAGGACAUUCCCAAAUGGGAAAUUGUCAACUGCACAACCCACAAAGACAUCGACACAAGCGCAAGCUAUGCAUUCAUGCUCGGCGAUCAGAUCGAUUCGCUCGAAGAGGUAGCAGAACAUCUGAAGCAGGAAAAGACCAUCAAAGAUGGAAGAGAGAACUGGAUCCCAUUCGGAGAUGUAUACCGUCAUCCAACAACUCACAACAUUGAGGUUCGUGCCAUGUCUGAGGGCAACCUGGAAAAGUUGGCAAAGGCCAUGGACAUGUCUAUCGAGGAAGUUCUCAAGAAGCUUGCCGAACAGGUCGGCAACUACGAGAGGUAA